CCGUGCUAUCCUGCCGUCACUCAUAACGCGUGUCGCUCUGUCGUCACAGGGCCUAGUUAGUCAUGAGUAAGAAGGAACAGCACAUCUAAUACCGAUAAAUCGCGAUUGAUUUUUUUUUUUAUACCUACAUACAAACUAGAAAGUUUUGUGAUUAUCUACAAAAGUUUAACAUAUUGAUUACUGUCGUUAAAAGAAAGGAUGGCUUUGUUUGGGAAGUUGUUUGGUAGCAGUGGCAAAGGAGGUAAAGCUCCCAGCCCGCAAGAAGCUAUUCAGCGACUCCGGGAUACAGAAGAGAUGUUGACUAAGAAACAAGAGUUUUUGGAAAAAAGAAUUGAACAGGAACUCGUAACGGCAAAGAGAAACGGUACAAAGAACAAAAGAGCGGCUCUACAAGCGUUGAAACGCAAGAAGCGAUAUGAAAAGCAGUUGGCUCAGAUUGAUGGAACGUUGUCCACCAUUGAGUUUCAGAGGGAGGCACUGGAGAAUGCAAAUACGAACACUGAGGUCAUCAAGAACAUGGGGUUUGCUGCUAAGGCCAUGAAAGCUGCCCAUGAUCACAUGGACAUCGAUAAAGUUGAUGAACUCAUGCAGGACAUCACAGAGCAGCAGGAAUUGGCACAAGAAAUCUCAGAUGCAAUUUCAAAGCCUGUUGGGUUUGGAGAGGAGUUUGAUGAGGAUGAGUUGCUGGCAGAAUUGGAGGAGUUGGAGCAGGAAGAGCUAGACAAAAACCUACUGGAGAUUGGAGGAACAGAAAAUGUACUGCUGCCAAAUGUACCCUCCACAUCCCUUCCUCCCAGGCCAGCAAAGAAAAAAGAAGAGGAGGAGGAGGAUGACAUAAAGGACCUGGAGGCUUGGGCAGCCAAUUAAUACUUUCUGUUUAACACGAAUGAUACCUCCUCACCAUUUAUGAACUGCUGCAGCUAUUUGAACCAGACAGAUUUGAUGUUUAAGUGCAAAGUUUUUUGGACUGAAGAAUAGGAAGAAGAAAAAGCGUGCAACUGUAUUCCAAACACUACUGUUCAAAAUACAAUCUAUCACACUUUUAUAAUUUCAGCACACGUUUUGUCAACCUUAAUGUAAAUUAAGAUGCAUAUCCCUUAGUGCUCUUGUCAACCCUGUAAACAUUAUGUACAUUGUUUCAAAAAGGUAACAGAACAGAAGAAUAUAUUCUACAUAGAUAUAUGCAAACAAAACAUUUUUUAAAGGUUUACAUUUCAUGCAUUUCAUUUACCCAGAUAUUUACUUAAUGUGUAAUAGAAACACUAAUUUCUUUGUCGAUAAUUUCAUUGUCUCCUAAUUUAUUGAGCAUACUGUAGAUAAGUGCUUGAUUGGAAUAGUCCAAAACACUCCAGUAAUAUUUGCGCUCAUUUUUUGAUAGUUUUUAACAUUCUCUUGAAGUGCCCUCUUUGUAAACAACUUUUGAAACAUGCAUUGUGAUAUUUUUUUUUAGAUGCUUGUGUAAGCAUGUAUCUAAAUGAUUCUUAACAUUACUUAUGAUUUUAUGAUUUUCUUAAAUUGUUCUAGAUUCCCAAGGAAUGAUGAACAUGUAUCUGCUUUUUAAGUAUGAUAUAUAUUUGGCAAAAGGAUUACAGAUUUAUUUAACAUGUGUUUCAGUGUUGGUUACCCCUCUGGGUUCAUUCUGGGCAUGAUGAAUUAAAAUAUUUUGUGUGUGUGUUUUGUGUUUGUGUGUGUAUAAGUAUAUGCCUAAAUAUUCCUUUAUGUUUUUAUACAAAUACCUAUGGAAUAAUCUGCUGGUUUGUCCAGUGCAUUCCUAUGACGGAGAGUGUUUGGCUUCUUGAUGACGUUUGUUUUGAAGAACAUUUUUUUUUUUUAACCAAUAGAAUAAGAAUGUGGAUGGAUUUGUACAGCAUCAUUAUUGUGUUAAAUUUAUAGUUAUUAAAAAGUAUUUACUGA